UUCGUUCUGUUGAAAUUCCGUGAUCCUUUUGAAUGAUUUCUUGACAUUUUAUCUCGGACUGUUCAAUUUUUUUAGUUCCGAUUCGUAUCGAACUAUAUAUCAGAGUCUCCUGUUCGCAAUACUGCCUCUUAAUUCCGUUCUCUUUGGUUUUUUUUUUUUGAAAUGAUUUCUUGAUCUUUACCUUGGACUGCUUGCAUUUUUAGUUCCGGUAACUAUAUUUCGGAAUCAGAUCAGAGGAUCUUUUUGAAGUUGAGCUUAAAUUUUGUAAACUGCCGGAUGCUUAAAGAGUUGAGCCAGUUGCAAUUCUCUUGCUUUGAUGGCACGGAAUUGCUGUAAUUGUUUAGAGUAGUGAAACGAUUAGUAUUCCAAGUGCCACAUUCUGAUUUUUCCCAUGUCCAAAUUGGGCGCCAUAGUUACCAAAAUAAGCUAUAUAAGUCAGUUAAGACAACUUCAUGCGCAUCUUGUUCUCAACUCCCUCCAUUCUCACAAUUACUGGGUUUCUCUACUCAUCACUCUCUGUACUCAUCUUCAAGCUCAUCCUGCCUAUGCGGCUUCUAUAUUUACCUCCUCGACGUCCCCUAGUGUUUCUGUAUACAGUUGUAUGCUCAAAUAUUACUCCCGCAUGGGUGCCCACAAUGAGGUGGUUUCCAUUUUCAGAUGCAUGCAGUGUUUAGACCUUAGGCCCCAUCCCUUUGUUUAUAUAUACUUGAUCAAGUUGGCUGGGAAAUCUGGAAAUUUGUUCCAUGCUUAUGUCCUGAAGUUGGGUCACAUUGACGACCAUUUUGUCCGUAAUGCUAUCUUGGAUAUGUAUGCAAAAUAUGGCCAAGUCGAUCUUGCCAGGAAGCUGUUUGAGCAAAUGGCUGAUAGAACUUUAGCGGACUGGAAUUCAAUGAUUUCUGGCUAUUGGAAGUCGGGAAAGGAGGCUGAUGCAGUUAUGCUGUUUAAUAUGAUGCCUGCUAGGAAUAUUAUUACAUGGACUGCCAUGGUUACUGGGUAUGCUAAGAUGAAGGACUUGGAGAGUGCAAGACGGUAUUUUGAUCAGAUGCCAGAGAGAAGUGUAGUCUCGUGGAAUGCAAUGCUAUCAGCUUAUGCUCAAAAUGAAUGUGCAGAAGAGGCUUUGAAAUUGUUUCAACAAAUGCUGAAAGAAGGAAUCGCUCCUGAUGAUACAACAUGGGUGGCUGCAAUUUCAUCGUGCUCUUCCGUCGGUAAUCCUAGCCUUGCUGAUUACAUUAUAAGAAAGAUCAACCAAAAGCAUAUCAUUUUGAAUAAUUUUGUCAAGACAGCUUUACUUGAUAUGCAUGCUAAAUUUGGUAACCUUGAAAUUGCUAGAGAAAUUUUUGACGAAUUGGGAGGGCAGAGGAAUGCUGUUACAUGGAAUAUCAUGAUAUCAGCAUAUACAAGGUCUGGUAAACUGUUAUUAGCUCGGGAACUAUUUGAUAAUAUGCCAAAAAGAGAUGUUGUCUCGUGGAAUUCAAUGAUAGCUGGUUAUGCACAAAAUGGAGAGUCGGCCAUGUCAAUUGAGCUCUUUAAAGAAAUGAUUACUUGUACGGACAUACAACCGGAUGAGGUUACCAUAGCUAGUGUUUUAUCAGCCUGUGGACAUAUUGGGGCUUCGAAAUUGAGUUACUUGGUUGUAAACAUUGUUCAAGAGAAGAACAUUAAGUUGGGCAUCUCAGCAUUCAAUUCUUUGAUAUUCAUGUACUCUAAAUGUGGAAACAUGGCUCAUGCCCAUAGAAUAUUCCAAAAUAUGGGGACAAGAGAUGUUGUUACUUUUAAUACUCUAAUUUCAGGGUUUGCAGCCAAUGGUCGUGGGAAGGAAGCUAUCGAGUUAGUAUUAAAAAUGGAGGAAGAAGGCAUUGAACCAGACCACGUCACAUAUAUUGGUGUUCUGACAGCAUGUAGCCAUGCAGGGCUGCUUAAAGAAGGUAAAAACAUCUUUAAGUCAAUUAAAGCACCUACGGUGGAUCACUAUGCUUGUAUGGUUGAUUUAUUAGGAAGGGCAGGUGAAUUAGAUGAAGCCAAAAUAUUGAUUCAAUCUAUGCCGAUGAAACCUCAUGCUGGUGUUUAUGGCUCCUUGUUAAAUGCCAGUCGAAUUCACAAGAGAGUUGAGUUGGGAGAACUUGCUGCUAACAAGCUCUUUGAGCUUGAACCUCAAAACCCAGGAAAUUAUGUUUUACUUUCCAAUAUAUAUGCCUCAGCUGGAAGAUGGGAAGAUGUUAAAAUGGUUAGAGAGAAGAUGAAGAAGGUAGGUGUGAAGAAAUCAGUUGGAAUGAGUUGGGUGGAAUAUAAGGGUCAAGUGCAUAAGUUCAUUGUGGGUGAUAGAUCACAUGAGUGGUCAAGAGAUAUUUAUAGAUUAUUGGCUGAACUUGAAAGGAAGAUGAAGAGGGUUGGCUUUGUAGCUGACAAAAGUUGUGCACUGCGAGAUGUUGAGGAGGAAGAGAAGGAAGAAAUGGUGGGAACUCACAGUGAGAAGUUGGCCAUUUGUUUUGCUCUCCUUGUCAGUGAAGUGGGAACACCAAUUAGAGUGGUAAAGAAUUUGAGGAUAUGUUUGGAUUGCCAUACAGCUAUUAAGAUGGUCUCAAAGUUGGAGGAGAGAGUGAUUGUCGUUCGUGAUAAUAAUAGGUUCCAUUGUUUUAGUGAAGGGAUAUGUUCCUGCCAUGAUUACUGGUAAAUUAGCAAGAGGAAAUUUAUGGAUAAAGUUCAUUUGCAUAGAUGGAUUGUAAGUCCAACCCGGCUUCCUAUAGUAAAUGUAAAUCAUGAAGAUCAUCAUACUUGUCUCGUCUCCAUAUUCAGUUUUUUAACAGAUAAGUACUUUGAUAAGGUGCAAGAAUCAAUAUCAAAGAGCAUUGUCAUCUUUGUGAUGUACCUACAAUAGUUAUACCUUAGGAGUCUAAUAUUUUCAUUUUUACUCGUGUUAUUUUCGUGCUAAUUCAAUGAAGCCUACCGUAUUCAUCAGUGGCAAUUGCAUAUUUUCUUGCUCACAGAAUGAUGAAUGCUAUGCCAGUGUCUGGUUCUGUCAUAAUUUUAUAUUUAUUUGAGUCACAAUUUCAUUUUUCACUAAAACUCUA